AUGAGUGAGUCUAGUGCGACCAAAAAGCAUGUAUAUGGAUAUGAACUUUACAGUAAAAAUGUUCACCAAUAUCCAUCUAUUACUGAUGUUAAAACCGUAAAGGGUGCAAUCGCAGGAAACAUUCAUGACUACCUCAAUCAUUUGGGUGCAUUUGAAGGGAAUGCGCGUCGAGAGCGUGGGGAGGUAUUGGCGUAUUCGCUUUUGGCUGGUGCCCUCUCUCUGGCCUGCGCGAUAUAUUUCGCCAAAGACGUAUUACUGCCUUACAAGUUGCUUACAUUAUCUCUCAUUGGGGUUACAGGUGCUGCCACCCUGUGUGCUUACGUUUGUGACUGCAGACAGAAAUCGGACAAUAUUGCCUUCCUGGCCACGUGCUCAGCUUCUACCGAGGCGAAGGACUACCUUCGUACCUUAAAAGGGCAUCGGGUUUGCAUUCGCUUGGGUGAGGUACCCAACUCGUCAGCGCUUACCAUGGAAGCGCAGGUGGUUGGGCCUCCUUGUUUCUUCGGCGCUCCAGAAGUGCACUCAUCAUCGUCGAAGGUGGUGCCAUACGGACGUUACUUCACUAAAAGCGGGUACUUUUUCCCUCCUCCGCUCAUGAAUGACGUGGAUAAUCUUCUAAGCUCAUUAAAGACCUCGACCUCAAAAAAGAAACGGCAAUCCUAA